AAUGAUUUCCACAACAACAGUAACAAAAAUAAAAUUAUCAGCCAACUUUAGUACCUUGCAGCUGGAUUGGACGGAGCAAUAUUGCUAAUGAACCUGAGCAUAAACAAUCAUGCAAUAAAGUUGGAUAUAUUUAUUUCCUUAGUCUUUUGCCUCAUUAUAGCGUCUCGGAAUAAUUGCUAGUUUUCACAGCUGUUGCGAGGGCACUUUCAGUCAAACGACAAUCGGCCCGUGAUUGAUAGAAACGGUUAGCAACUAUUGAGACAAGUCGUAUCAGUCUCAUCGAACAAGCUCAUCCGGACGUAUGGCAGCACAUUGUGGAGUUGAGAAGUAGACAUGAUGUACAAUUUAGAAGGGUUUAUAGAAUAUUCCUUCCUUUUCUCAAUUCUUGUUUCAGUUUCUUACAGCUGCCCUCCAGGGUAUUCCGGUACACCGUGCCAGGAUAUUCAACCUCCUGUCCUGAGUUGUCCGGGACCAACCAUAGAAACAAGCACUGACAAAGGAAAGCCAACAGCUAAAGUUAUAUGGAGCGUUCAAGUGACUGAUAAUUCAGUGCAAGUGGAUCCAAAUGCAGUGAUCCGGAUACGAUCAAGUAACCAGUCCGGACAAGAGCUUCCUAUUGGUGGUAAUGUCGUAAAAGUCACUGCUACUGAUGAGGCCGGGAAUAUGGCCACGUGCAGCUUUCACAUUGUAGUAAGAGAUUUGGAGCCUCCAUCAUGCAGCUUCUGCCCAGGAGACAUAGUUAGAGAAGAAUUAAAACGGCGAGUGAGAGUGAAUUGGGAAAGGCCCAUUUGUUCGGACAACUCGGGUCGUUGGCCCACGGUCCUCGCAAACAGACAGAGCGGUGACUUGUUUGAUGUUCCAGGUUCAUACCAUAUUCAGUAUACACUCAACGACAUGGCGGACAACGUGUACAGAAACUGCUCAUUUAGGAUAACAUUGAAAGUGAAAACGUGCCCAAUGUUUACUCCACCGCUGAACGGAGCCCUGGUUUGCAAUUCAAUCGACUAUAAUUCUGUAUGUGCAGUUUUCUGCAAGACUGGAACCGACUUUGUCUACAAUCCUCCUUUGUUGUACUACUGCUGGGGUGCAGAGUGGGGGAUUUGGCCGCCUGGGGCCGGCCAGGUACCUCCCUGGCCUGAUUGCUCUGGCAGUGUCAGUCCCUCUUGGAUUAAAAACGCUAACUUUCACUGGUACUACUAUAAUGGCGACGCACAUGACCCCAGCGUUCAAGAAGUUAUUAAGUCCCAGUUCCACGGUCUGCUAACGUCGCCCCAAAUGGUUCCUUUCUCCUUUUGCCCGUACCCAACAUGCAACAAGGAUGAGUUUACGGUCUCUCCAGGAGUAACAGGUUGAAGCUUAGCUUAAAGAAAGACUGAACUGAAACAAAUAUAAACGGGAGCCAGUUUUCGCUUGAAAAGUGAUUCAAUAAACUUAAUGUGAGGGUGAUACCAUUUUGUCUAUUCUUUUUGUGUUAUAGAAAACCCUGAUUUGGUCUGCAACAGAAAUUAUUUAAAACCUCGACGUCUUACUUUUGUUACAAAGCCUUACAGGUGUUACAAAGAGGGACGACUUUUUCAGAAAGUGGGCUGUACAUAACAAAAUUGAGAAAAGUCUACAACUCGUUGGACGUUUUAGUGUUCGUUACUUUUUUAGAGUCGGGAUUGUCAUCAGCAAUUUGACUACCAUUUUGAGUGAUUAAUUGUAAUAUCAACGUUUUUGAAAACAUUUUAGUCGUAAUUCAUCAAGAAUUCAGUAAAAAUGUUAGGCCUCAGCC